CAUGGCGGCGCCUGAGGUGGCGGCGGCGCUCGGGAGCGGCCCCGGGGCCAGCGGAGCGGAGCUGCCCGAGCCGCUGGGGCUGCUGGAGCUCUGCGGGGCCUGCAGGCAGCGGCUGAGCCCGCAGCGGAAACCGAGGCUGCUGCCGUGCCUGCACUCCGUGUGCCGGGGCUGCAUCGGCAGCGAGCACGGGGACAAGAACGCGUUCGAGUGCCCCGUGUGCCACCAGCAGUGUCCCCUGGGUGACAUCAUGGACAACCUGUUUCUGCAGCCCAGCGCCGGCAGCCAGAGCUGCACCAGCUGCGAGGACAAUGCCAGCGCCACCAGCUUCUGCUUGGAGUGCUCGGAGCCGCUGUGUGCCACCUGCGUGGGGGCUCACCUGAGGGUCAGGUACACCCGGGAGCACCGAGUGCAGCCCCUGGGUGAGUACACCCGGGAGCACCGAGUGCAGCCCCUGGGUGAGUGUCACUCAUUGUCACCUCCCUGUGUCACCGUGUCACCUCCCUGUGUCACCUCCCUGUGUCACCCUGUGCUGAACCCAUGGCUGUGUGCCACCUGCGUGGGGGCUCACCUGAGGGUCAGGUACACCCGGGAGCACCGAGUGCAGCCCCUGGGCUCUCCAUCCGUUCCCGCUGAUCCCACUGAUCCCGCUGAUCCCAAGGAUCCCAUUGAUCCCAAUGAUCCCAUUGAUCACAAGGAUCCCAAUGAUCCCAAUGAUCCCAAUGAUCCCACUGACCCCGCUGACCGCACUGACCGCGCUGACGGCGCUGCUCCGGCCCCGUUGCCGUCCUGGUGCCGCUCGCACCCCCGGGAGCCGCUGUCGCUGUUCUGCAGCUCCUGCGAGAGCCUGACCUGUGGGGAGUGCCACAGGAGCGAGCACCGCCACCACCCCUCCCAGCCCGUGGCCGAGGCCGUUCUCCAGCAGCGCUCGGUGCUGGCGGCGCUGCUGCAGCGCCUGGCGGAGAAACACGGCGAGGUGCAGCGCUGCAGCGCCCGCCUGCACGCCUGGUGCCGUCACCUCUCGGACACGCAGCAGCAGCUGGCCGUGCAGGUGAAGCUCGCUGUCCUCCAGGCCAUGAGGGAGCUCAACAAACGCGCCAAGGUCCUCAUGGGGGACGUGCAGCGCGUGACCGAGGGCCGGCGGCAGCGCCUGGAGCGGCAGCGCCGGGAGCUGGGCCGGCUGCGGCGGCUGCAGGAGCACGCGCUGCGCUUCGGGAGACGCGCCCUGCACGGGCGGCACGGCACCGCCCUGCUGCUGUCCCGCAGGCUGCACGCGCUGCGCUUCGGGAGACGCGCCCUGCACGGGCGGCACGGCACCGCCCUGCUGCUGUCCCGCAGGCUGGUGCAGGCCCAGCUGCUCGCUGCCCUGGGGGUGCCCCUGGAGCCCCUGGAGCCUCAGGGGGAGCUGAAAUUCCAAUGGGACCUGCAGGGAUGGAGCCGGAGCGCCCAGAGCUUCGGUGCCAUCGUGGUCUCGGAGCCGCCCCUCCCCCCCCCCGCGGAGCCCCCCCCCGCGGCCCCUCCCCCACCGCGCAGCCCCUCCUCGAUGUCCCCACAGGAGGGUCCCCGGCCGUUCCCCCGGGAGGAGAAGCUCGUUAAGAAGCUGCUCAUUAAACGGAGGGGCCCCCCCUCGGUGUGGGGCACCCCCCGGCUCCCCAAGCAGCCCCGGGUGAGCCUGGAGCGCCUGGAGCUGGACCUGGAGCUGGACCCGGCGCAGCCGCCCGUGUUCCGCAUCUUCCCCGGGCCCUCGGCGCACGAGUUCAGCCUCAUCGUCAUCGAGCAGGGGACAGCGGGGACAGCGGGGACACCGGGGACACCGGGGACAGCAGGGACACAGGGGACAGCUGGGAACGAGGGGACACAGGGGACACAGGGGACACAAGGGACAGAAGGGACGGUGCAGCCGCACGGAGCGCUGCUGGUCAAGGAGGAGCAGCAGGAGUCGCCCAUCGGUGACACCGGUGACAUUGGGGACACCAAACCCGUGGGGCUGCUGCCCCCCGCCCUGGGUGACCCGGGCCCUGUCCCGGGGGUCCCCGGGGGUGUCCCCGGGGGUGUCCCCGGGGGUGUCCCCGUGGGGGUCCCGGGGGUCUCGUGCUGCCGCGUGUGUGGCCAGGCCGGGGCCGUGGUGAUGUGCGACCGCUGCCAGCGCUGCUUCCACCUGCACUGCCACCUGCCCGCCCUGCACGACGUGCCCAGCCCCGAGUGGACGUGUUUGCUGUGCCAGGAGCUGCCCCCUCCCCUGCCGGAGCCGGAGCCGGAUCCUGAGCAGGGCCCCCCGGUGAAACUGAGCCCCCAGGACCAGCAGCGCUGCGAGUUCGUGCUGCUGGAGCUGCUGUGCCACGAGCCCUGGCGGCCCCUGCAGCGCCUCUGCAGCUCCACCGACGGCGCGGGCGCCAUGGACCUGACGCUGAUGCGGGCGCGGCUGCAGGAGAAGCUGAGCCCGGCGUACCGCAGCCCGCAGGAGUUCGCCCGCGACGGCUGGGCCCUGCUGCGCCAGUUCCACCGCCUCACCGAGGACAAGGCAGAUGUUCAGUCCAUCCUGGAGCUGCAGAGGUUCCUCGAGAGCCGCCUCAGCGCCGCCUUCGGGGACCAGAAAUUCUCCAGGAUGCUGCUGGAGCCUGAGGAGAGCCUGGAGGGGUCACCGGGGACCUGAGUGAUGAUUCCGGGGGGACAAAACCCUCCCAGAACCCCAAAAUCCCCUCACAACACCCAACUUCCCUCACAGGACCCCGAAUUUCCUCUUCUAGGACCCCAAUUUCUCCUCUUAGGACCCCAAUUUCCCUCACAGGACCCAAAUUCCCCUCACAGGACCCCAAAUUCCUCGCCCAGGACCUCAGUUUCCCUCUGAGGACCCCAUUUUCUCUCUUAGGACCCCAAUUUCCCUCUGAGGACCCCAUUUUCUCUCUGAGGACCCCAAUUUCCCCUCACAGCACCCCAAAUUCCCUCUGAGGACCUCAAUUUCCCCUUUCAGAACGCAAAUUUCCUGUUCUAGGACCCCAAUUUCCCUCCCAGCACCCCAAAUUCCUCACCCACACCCCAAAAUUCCUCUUUUAGGACCCCAAAUUCCCUCACAGCACCCCAAAUUCCUCUUUUAGGACCCCAAAUUCCCCUCACAGGACUCCGAUUUCCCUCACAGGACCCCACAUUCCUCGCCCAGAACCCCAAAUUCCCUCACAGAACCCUGAUUUUAACUCCCAGCACCCCAAUUUCCCCUCCCAGGACCACAAAUUCCCCUGACAGGACCCAAAUUCCCCUUGUAGGACCCCAAAUUCCCCUCACAGCACCCCAAAUUCCCUCACAGCACCCCAAAUUCCCUCUGAGGACCUCAAUUUCCCCUUUCAGAACGCAAAUUUACUGUUCUAGGACCCCAGUUUCCCUCCCAGCACCCCAAAUUCCUCACCCACACCCCAAAAUUCCUCUUUUAGGACCACAAAUUCCCCUCACAGGACUCCAGUUUCCCUCACAGGACCCAAAUUCCCCUCAUAGGACCCCACAUUCCUCACCCAGGACCUCAAUUUCCCUCACAGGACCACAAAUUCCCCUCACAGCACCCCAAAUUCCCUCACAAAACCCCAAAUUCCCUCUGAGGACCCCAAACUCCCCUCACAGGACUCCGAUUUCCCUCACAGGUCCCCAAAUUCCUUGCCCAGGACCCCGAAUUCCUCACCUAGAACCCCAAUUUUCCCUCACAGGACCUCAAAUUCCCUCACAGAACCCCAAUAUUAACUCCUAGAACCUCAAUUUGCUCUCCCAGGACCCCAAAUUUUCGUCAAAGGACCCCAAAUUUCCCUCACAGGACCCCAAAUUCCCUCCAGGACCCCGAAUUUAACUCCCAGGACCCCAAUUUCCCCUCACAAAACCCCAAGUUCCCUCAGAGCACCCCAAAUUCCUCGCCUAGAACCCCAAAUUCCCUCUGAGGAUCCCAAUUCCCCUCACAGGAUUCUGAUUUUAACUCCCAGCACCCCAAAUUCCCCUCACAGCACCCCGAAUUUAACUCCCAUAACCCAAAUUCCCCUCAUAGUGGGAACUCCCAUAAACCAAAUUUCCCCUUCCAGAACCCCAAAUUUCCCCUUCCAGAACCCCAAAUUCCUCUUUCAGGACCCCAAAUUCCCCUCCCAUCACCCCAGUUUCCCCUCUCUGCACCCCAAUUUCUCCCACGUGAUUUUUGGGGUCCCCCCAGAGCCCCUCAGGAUUUUGGGGUGUCCCUGUCCCCCCUAUCCUGGAGUAAAUAAAGAGUAAAUAAAGCCCUGGGGGGGUUUAAAGUUUG